GACCAAGCAAGGCCUUAUCAACAAGACCGCCUCACUCCCUCCCAUAUUGUAUUACAACUUACAAGAUUGAACAAACAGCUCAGACGCUACCAAUAAACUGUUCCAUUUUAUAGGUGGUGUAUAUUUCAAGGCAAAACGCUGUGGCACGAAUCCCCGUAAGACAACUCUAUCUAUAUAUCGACUUGCUUACUUUACAAAUCAAAUCUUCUUCUUCUAUUUCUUUUUAGGGUCAAUUCACGAACCCUUUUUCUAACAGUAUUUGUAGAGUAAAAUGAGUGCCUUGGAUGCAGCCAGAGCAGAGCUUGCCCUUGCAGUCUUGUACUUGAACAAAGCAGAGGCAAGGGACAAGAUAUGCAGGGCAAUACAGUAUGGUUCAAAAUUUGUGAGUAAUGGAGAGCCUGGCACUGCUCAAAAUGUUGACAAAUCAACUAGCUUAGCAAGGAAAGUAUUCCGUCUUUUCAAGUUCAUCAAUGAUCUGCAUGGGCUUAUUAGUCCACCUGCCCCAGGAACCCCACUUCCACUCAUCUUGUUGGGGAAGUCUAAAAAUGCAUUGCUAUCGACUUUCUUGUUUCUGGAUCAAUUUGUGUGGCUUGGAAGGACAGGCAUUUACAAGAACAAAGAACGCACUGAUUUACUUGGCAGGAUCUCUCUCUUUUGUUGGAUGGGUUCCUCAAUAUGUACUACAUUAGUGGAGAUUGGGGAGAUUGGAAGACUUUCUGCAUCAAUGAAAAAGCUGGAGAAGGAACUCAAGAGUAGCAACAAAUACAAGGAUGAGCAGUACAGGGUUAAGCUUCAGAAGUCAAAUGAGAGGUCUCUAGCCCUGAUUAAAGCAGGCAUUGACAUAGUAGUUGCUGUCGGAUUGCUCCAAUUGGCACCUAAGAAAGUCACUCCCCGCGUAACGGGAGCCUUUGGAUUUGUUAGCUCCUUGAUAUCAUGUUAUCAGUUGCUCCCAGCACCUCCAAAGGCCAAGACAUCGUAAAAGGCUCUAAUGCUGUUGAUGAAUUCCCAAUAUCCACUAGAAUAAUUAUUUAUGCUAUGCAUACUGCUUAUGAGAUCUCAGCAGUUUGUCUACAUUUUACAGUAUUUCACCUUGUUUACUGCAUCUUUCAUUUUGGUACAGAACUUUAAUAAUGAUAUGUCGUGUCUUAGAUUCACUACAUUUUAAUGGUAUGGCAUUUCAAGGCCAGCUAUUGUACGGCAAGAA